AUUCAAUUGGUGCUAGAACUUAUCAUAUCCAAUUGGCUUUAUUCAUCCUCCAUCCAGAUCAGUUCUAGGAGAUAUUGUAAUCUGACAGCUGGCGGUCUUCGGUUAUCGAUAAACUACUCCCCAAAGCUUAUAUAACUAUAUUCCCCGCACCACUAAUACAGUGUUUAUCAGACACAGUCAAACAAUCAAUCCAACAACAUCUCCCACUCCAUUCACAGAUCCAGUGUGUAGAAGACAAUAAACAGUUCACAAUGUCGAAAGCGAUUUUCCUCUCCCAAAUCGAAGGCAAGCCAGGGCAGGUUUACUAUCCACUCUCCAUCCAGAACCUGCCUAAGCCGACACCGGAGGGUCGCGAACUACUGGUAAAAAUGACCGCGGCGUCAUUGAAUCAUCGCGAUGUCUUUUUGCGCCAGCAUCUUUAUCCCGGAGUGACAUUCGAUGCGCCCAUGGGGGCAGAUGGCGUUGGUGUGGUUGUAGGUACUGGCCCUGCGGUGUCCAACCCGGAGCGAUGGCAGGGGAAGCGGGUCAUCUUGAAUCCAGGAACGGGGUGGAAUGAUUCACCUGAUGGACCGGAAGAUCCGAAGGGAUAUCGGAUCAUGGGUGGUACCAAGCUCUACAACAAGGGGACGAUGCAGGAGUACCUCACCAUCGAUGAGUUCGAGGUGGAAGAGGUCCCCGAGCACUUGUCCGAUGCCGAGGCGGCUGCACUGCCCUUGACAGGGUUGACGGCAUGGAGAGCCUUGGUGGUCAAGGCUGGCGAGAGGAAUUCGGGCAAGGGUGCGGCAGUUUUGCUUACGGGAAUUGGAGGGGGCGUUGCGCUGAUAACGCUCCGCUUUGCCGUGGCUAGGGGCGCAGAUGUCUACGUAACGAGCUCGAGCCAGGAAAAGAUCCAAAAGGCGAUUGAGCUAGGUGCCAAGGGUGGUGUUAGCUACAAGGAAGAAGCCUGGGAGAAGAAGUUACUCGCAAUGCUUCCCUCGGGAAAGAGGGCCUUCGAUGCUAUUAUUGAUGGUGCCGGUGGUGAUUCGGUUGAGAAAGGAGUCAAAUUACUGAAGGCUGGUGGUGUGCUCUCCGUUUAUGGUAUGACUGUAUCUCCCAAGAUGCCCUUUGUGAUGCAAGCCGUCCUGAAGAACAUUGACGUUCGCGGCUCGACAAUGGGUUCUCGCAAGGAAUUCAAAGAGAUGGUCGAGUUUGUCAGAGCAAACCAGAUCCACCCAGUAAUCUCACGUGUUCUGCAGACCGAUCUGGACGAUAUUGCGGGCCUCGACGGACUGUUCCAGGAUAUGAAGGAAGGCAAGCAGUUCGGGAAGUUGGUUAUUGAAUUCGGAAAGUCUUCAGGGAGCAAGCUGUAGGUAUUUAAAGUAAUGAUAGAUACAUUAGCGAAUCUCGUCCAUAUAAUAUGAGAUAUGUACACAGGCUCGGUCGGGAUGGAAUGUGCUCACUGUUCGAUGCUAAACUUGGUGCAUGGUAACUAUCGCCCAUACUUGCACAACGAGCAAUGAAGCACACAGAGCUCAUAGUACUCGGUACCUCCUUGGAUAGGCAGUGCCGCUGGGUUGCGCUUUCCUUGCUUCGGGCCCAUCCCAUCUUUAAGUAUGAAGGCCUCUCUGGAGGUUCCCAGUUUAGAGCACCCUUUUCGGAGAGCUACAUAGUAUAGCGCUAUCAUUAUAUAGCCUGCAACACA